AUGAAUCAAGACGUGCCCUUCCAGCUAAGGCAUGAUAAAAAAGGGCGUGGAAUCUUCUCCACCAGAGCCUUUUCUCCAGGCGACAUCAUCCUCCCAUUUACACCAACUAUCCUCAUCCCCUCGCUAUCUCAUAUAAAAACCAUCUGUAGCCACUGCUUCAAGCCGGCUGACGUGCGCUCCUGUUCCGGCUGCCGCGCCGUGUCCUACUGCGAUGCCGCCUGUCAAUCUGCAAACUGGACUGCAGUCCACUCCAAGGAGUGCAAACUACUGCGUAAGGUGACCGAGCAAGGACACCCGGGCAUACCGACGCCCGUACGCGCAGUGAUUCAGGCGCUGGUGAAGCCUGGUAUUGGCGCUGCGCUGGAGAACCUUGAAGGAAAUGUCGAGUCUUGGAGGGAGAGUGACAAAUGGGCCGACAUGGAGAUGAUGGCCAUGGGUGCUACUGCAUUUACUGGGCACGGCACGGGUCAGGAGGAAUUGCAGAAGACGCUGGCUCUGCUCUGCAAGGUAAGUCCUCAGAACUGUAUGGCAGCAGGUCAACAUACUGACGCAUGGCAGAUUCAGACAAAUGCCUUCCAUAGAUAUGAUGCCGAUCUUGGCCAGGUUGGCAUCUUUCUCGAACCAAAGCUCGCCAUGGCCAACCACUCCUGUAUUCCCAAUGCCAUGGUUCAGUUUGUUGGGAGGAAGGCCAUACUGAGAGCUGAAAAGCCGAUCAGAGUCGAUGAAGAGAUUGAGAUCUCUUACACUGGUAUGUCUCCCCCAUAUGAUAUCCUCAAGAUGCCCACUGACAUGCUGUCAGAUUACACGUUCCCUCGGUCUAAGAGAAAACAUGCGCUUGCACCGUACUUUUUUAAUUGUCAAUGCCCUAGGUGCGAGAAAGACCUCAACGUCUACCAAGUCUGCGCCGGCUCUCCAAUCAUCAACAUGAAUCGCCAUAGUCUGGUUACUGAUGUCGGCAAGCUUGGCAAGCACCCUGCUGCAACAGAUUCGACCAAAGCCUCAACGGCUACGAGCUGCAGCGAGCAACUAUCUGAUUUAAUAGAUGAAAAAGACCCUACCUUACCACCAGAAGAUCGUCGAAGAGUACUUCGAGCUCGUUACCAGCAAUGCAAAGGACUGACAGCCGAGAACCUUUGGGCAGUAUCACCACUCCCACAGCUGCUGACUGAGGUAUCGAUCCUAUACAUCGAAGAAAGCAACUUCAUAUAUGCCUUAACUACGGCAUGCUUCGUUGCGACUUCCAGCGAACCUUAUCGACAUGUCUUGCCAUACCAUCCUAUCCGCAUCAAGGGCCUUUUACUCGUCGCCAAAUUACUCGCCAAUACGGCAGCUGACACAGCCUCACUCGGUAACUCACAAGCCGUGGCAUCAAAAGGAGAUAUUAAUCAGAGGGCUCUUCAGACACUGCAGGAUAUUGACCAAGUUUCCUUGUGCCAGAUGCUUCUCAUCAUGAUUAUAGCGUCUGUCCCCAGAGACUAUGUUCGAGAAUGGGAAGUCUCGGCCACCGCUCAGCAAAUGCUGGAUGAUAUCAAUGGACUACCAGGAAGAGACCAGGAGUUGUCUCUUAUCAACGCCUGGAAAGAGAAUCCUGAGGAUGAACAAGCUCGAGCCUUCUUCGAGUAUGCUGUAGUGAAGCAAGUAGAUUCUCUGGCAAAUUUGGGACUUGAGAUACUUGAGAUGGACUUUGGCCAUUAA